AUGGGCGAAGCGUUACGUAGAUCGACUAGGAUUGCUGCAUCCAAAAGGAUGUUGGAAGACGAAGAGUCCAAACUGGCCCCCAUUUCGCCACCGGUAGUGCUUAAGAAGAAAAUCAAGACAGUUCCAAAACAUAAAGCCAACGAACCAGCAGAUAAAGAGGGCAAUAAAUCGUCCGCUGCUGAGGAUUUGGAAAUAGGCGAUCCUAUCCCUGAUUUGAGUCUUUUAAAUGAAGAUAAUGACUCUAUCUCCUUGAAGAAAAUCGCCGAAGAUAACAGAGUUGUGGUAUUUUUUGUGUAUCCCAAGGCAAGCACACCUGGUUGUACUAGACAGGCUUGUGGGUUUCGUGACAAUUAUGAGGAUCUCAAGAAAUACGCUGCUGUGUUUGGAUUGAGUGCAGAUUCUGUGACAGCCCAGAAAAAGUUCCAGACUAAACAAAAUCUGCCAUAUCAUUUACUAAGCGAUCCAAAGAGGGAGUUUAUUGGGUUGUUAGGUGCUAAAAAAACGCUACUUUCUGGUUCUAUUAGGUCCCAUUUCAUCUUUGUUGAUGGGAAGUUAAGAUUCAAAAGAGUUAAAAUAUCACCAGAAGUCAGUGUAAAUGACGCCAAAAAGGAAGUGCUGGAACUCGCCGAAAAGUUUAAAGAAGAAUAA